AUGGCGAAAGCCAACAACAGUCAUCUCCCGUUCUUCAGGAGUCCUUUGAUGGCACAUGAAGGGUCCGGGGCCUCUUCCAACACAGAAGACAACAAGACCGCCAUCGUGCAGCCCUACCUGGAAGAACAGUCCGAUGAUGCAGCUUUUCACGAUCAUCCGCAAUUCCGUCGACACGCCGAAGCUACCAAUGCCGAGCUGUUCUACGACCUGUUCUUCGUGGCCAACUUAACCGUCUUCACUAACGUCCAUGAGGUCGGUCUCUACGAUGUUCGAUUCUCAACAGACUCCGUCUUCGAACGGACCGCCAAGUAUUGCCAAUUCCUUGUGAUGAUGGGCUUCGCAAUCAUCGGACCCAAGUUCAAUGUUGGGAAACACAUGCAGUCAUCUGGCGAGGAUGAUGCCGAUGAGGAAGGACCUGCUUUGCCAUACUUCAAGGCUCUGACGCUGGUACUCAUGGCGUCGCGCUUGGUUCUCGUAUUCCAAUACGUUGUGUCGUUGUGGUUUACGCGACAUUACAAGCAGACGAUUCUGCCCAUGUGUCUCAUGGCAGGAACAUACUUCAUCGCCGCUAUCAUUUAUCUCGGCAUCUUCUGGAGCUUCCACUCUGUCGAGCAAGGAUCGGAUCAUACUUACAUUGCAUGGUAUGUGGUCGCCAUUCUGGAGACCAUUGUUGCUACAUCGGUCUCCUCCAUCUGGCGCAACAUCAGCUUCAAGGGAACACAUCUAAUUCAGAGAAUGAGUCUACUCACUCUCAUAAUCCUUGGCGAGGGUGUGAUGGGUCUUGCUGAGAAGUGCCAACGCAUCGUCCACUCAGAAGGAGCUUUAAGCUUCACCGCCUCGACAGUCGGCAACAUAAUCUGCGCAGUAGCAAUCUACUACUUCCUCUACAUGCUCUACUUCGACUGGAUCGAAGAAGACCACUUCGGCACAAUCCGGCAACAAAUCUGGUCCUUCCUGCACUUCCCCCUCCACCUCGCCCUCGUCCUCGCAGUCGAAGGCGUAGCCCAAUGCGUAACCUGGCGCGCAGCAAUCGUGCGCGGCAACGAAUUCACCAACCAAAUCAACACCUGGGCUCAGAUCGCCAACGAAACAAAUCCAAACUGGACCGAAAUCGCAACUCAACUCAACGACACGGUUCAAGAUCUCGUCUACAAAUCUCUCCUCACGACCAGCAGUCUCAGCGAAACCAGCGAGAUUUUGACUUACACUUACCCCAACGCCAUCAACGCCACCCAAGUCGUCGCAAACGGCACCGCGGAUCCCGAAGCUGCCUGGGGUGCGGUCGAAUGGUCAUACUACACCCUGUACACCACAAUCCUGAACAUAGCAGGUUUCGCCGGCUCAGAGAACAGCACGGAGCUCAACGUGCUCUCGAACACGAUCGUGGAUUUCUCAGACGAAAAGGCUUCGGAUGAGUCGUCUGAUGCUCUGGUUCGAGCCGCGGGAGUUUUCGAUUUGACGUUUGUGUACUUUUUCACGACGGUGGGGUUGGUUGUGAUUUUAUGCUGUUUGCUUGCGGCGUUGAGUAAGAGGGAGAAGACGUGGAUGCAUUGGAUUCGGUUGGUUGUGAGUGGGUUGCUUGGGCUCGCGUUGUGUUUGCUUUCGAUUAUGGAUUUGACGGAUGCGGGAGGGAAUUUUGCUUUCUCGCCUUGGGUUUUGCCUUUGGUUGCGAUUUGUCUGUUCGCUGUGGUCGUUUUGAACAGCGUUAAGCCGGCGGUACCUGUGCUGUCAAGAGUUGCUAGUAGGAAGAGUGUUUCCAUGUGAUGGAGGUGCGUUUCACGACUUGGUAUCUAAAAGCUGGAUGCGCCUGCGCAGCUAGAAUCCGCCAAUCCGCCAUAGACAUUUGAUGCGUCUCCAAUCCAAGCUCUUGCUCUAUCCAACCGUUUUCUCCGACUUGUCUUCACACUUCAUCCAACUCGAGCUUGCUCUUCCCAGUUCCCCCUCAAAAGCGCCUCGCUAUAGCAGUAGCAUUUCCGAACAAUGCACAAAGCAGUGAUUCGCGGUAAUCCGUCGUGAUAGAGCACAUUAUGCAGACUGGCAUCCGAGAAUUUUGAAUUCUGCCGAUCAAAUUUCGGGGUCUGGAUUGGAUCGAAUGUCAAUCCUCGGCCAGUUCUGAUUGUAUCGGCGGUGUGUACGAAGGGCGUACCUUCAUUUUCACCUUCGAAGGGGACGGCGUUGCUUCCACAAUCAGGACAUUUGGAACAAACCAUGCAGUCUUCCGCCUUGAAGCUCUCAGAGUCUGACCUUCCGCUGAUAGUGACACGAUGAACUUUGCCACCGGCUUUGUAGACUGGUGAGUCGUAUGGGACAGGUUGCUGAUCGGUUUCAUUCGGGGUCCAGAACGCUGAGUCAGAAGCCCAGACUAUUUGCGACUUGUGGAUCAUCUGGAGCGGCGUUUCUGUGUACCAGGCGUAAGUGUUUGAAUUGCGCGGCGCAGUUCUUGGUGAUGGCUUGGAGUUGAUCUGAGGCAGGGGCUGUGAAUUG